AUGUCAGACGAAGAACCCCAGGUCGAAAUGACGGCGCAGGCCGUCGUGACCGAGUCCGCCCCCCAGCAAGAAGACGGCGCCGGCGCCCUCAUACCCGCAAACGGCAGCACCGAAGUCGCGCCUCCCAAAAAAGUCAAAAAGAUCAUCCGCAAGAAGAGGCGGCCCGCCCGACCGCAAGUAGACCCGUCCUUCAUCACCUCGGAGCCACCGCCACAGACCGGCACCGUCUUCAACAUCUGGUACAACAAAUGGUCGGGCGGCGACAACGAGGACAAGUACCUCUCCAAAACCCACGCCAAGGGUCGGUGCAAUAUUGCGCAGGAUAGCGGGUACACGAAGGCCGAUAGGAUACCGGGAAGCUACUUUUGUCUGUUCUUCGCGAGGGGGAUAUGUCCUAAGGGACCCGACUGCGACUACCUUCAUCGGCUGCCGACGAUUCACGACCUGUUUAAUCCGAACGUGGAUUGUUUUGGGAGGGAUAAGUUUUCUGAUUAUAGGGAUGAUAUGGGCGGCGUGGGAAGUUUUACGAGGCAGAAUAGGACAGUUUAUGUUGGGAGGAUAGUUGUGUCGGAGGAUAUUGAGGAGAUUGUCGCGAGACACUUUGCGGAAUGGGGUCAGAUUGAACGAAUCCGUGUCCUAAACACCCGCGGAGUCGCCUUCAUCACCUACAGCAACGAAGCAAACGCCCAAUUCGCCAAGGAAGCCAUGGCCCACCAAUCCCUCGACCACGAAGAAGUCCUCAACGUCCGAUGGGCAACUCCUGACCCGAACCCUAUGGCACAAGCGCGAGAGGCUAGGAGGAUCGAAGAACAAGCGGCAGAGGCCAUCAGGCGCGCUCUGCCUGCCGAGUUCGUCGCCGAGAUAGAGGGCAAGGACCCUGAGGCGAGGAAGAGGAGGAAGAUUGAGAGCAGCUACGGACUCUCAGGUUAUCAGGCUCCGGACGAGAUUCACUUUGCGGUUGGGGCAAAUGCCGUCAACCCGCUCGGACGACAGGGAUAUGAGUUGGAGGAAGGACAGCAUCAACAACAUCAGCCGGAGAACGGCGCGGCUGGCCCGCCGCUGGCAAUAGAGGCCGCGCCAGAGCAAGGGGCGGGCAUAUUUUCGAGCAGUACUAUCGCGGCACUGAAUUCUGCCAAGGUGGCUGUUGCGUCGAAACGAAAGGCGGCGGCGCCAGCGGGACCUUUAGUCGCGUAUGAUAGCGAUGACGAUGAAUGA